AUGGGAAAAAGAACAAAAACACAACUAACUAGGGAACAAGUGUACUCUGGAGAGGCAGAAGCUUCAAGUGGUGAUGACAUACCAUUAAAACCAAAAAUGGCAUCUAGAGAGAAAAUGGCUCAAAGAAAGAUUGCCCACUUUAAAUCUAGACUUCAUACGGAUUUUGGAGUACCAAAAUUCCAUGCAGCAUCUUCGAACGAAGUCAGUGAAACUUCAAAUUCCUCGUCAACGAAUGAUUUAGCAGAGGCUACACAAUUGAAGUCGUUGAAUGCUAAUUUCUUGAAGGCUAUAAACGAUUCUAUAAAUGUGAACCCUGUUGCUAAUCUUACUUCUAUCCUACAAAAAUACAUGGAUUACUACAAGAAGGUCGAAAGUGGCGAACUAGAAGUCAAAAAUGCGUCUAUUCCGGAGGUUCAUAUAAAGCCAAUAGCAGUUGACCAGACUAAUACCUUCAACUUUGGUGAUUUCGACAAGAAAGGCAAUGAACUAAAGGAACCAGAAAGCGCGCAACCGAAGAUCAACCAUGCUAUGGAUCAUAAGAACGAGAAAGUGUUAUCAGAUAAGGUCGAAGAUGUUAAAAAAAUUGAUUUAUCUGGACCAAAGUUCACCUUGAAUAAACUUCCAACAUCUGCAGACUAUGGUUUCAAGUUCGGAAAUGUUCCAAAGAAUUCGGAUGAAAGUGAUGGCAAAGAAUCGAAAACCAAGGGACCCACAUUCAAAAUCACUCCUGAACUUUCGAGGCCUGAUCCAAAUGCUGUGUUUAAAUUUUCGCCAGAUUCAAAAAAGGAAGAUGAUAACGACAAGAAGGAAGAGAAAGUUGGUUCUAGUUCUCCUUCGCUCCAAUCAAAGCCAGCUUUCAGCUUCACGAGUGCGGAAAUUAAGCAACCUGCAGGGGAAACCAAGCCAUCGGCAUCAACCACGACGCCUGGCUUUAGUUUCGCAAAGCCGGACAGCAACAAAAAUAAAGAAGAACCCAAGAAGGACGAAAAGCCUGCUGCGAAGCCUGCAUUUACCUUCGGAAGUAGUACUUCUAACAAUGGUUCCGGAUUUUCUGGUUUCAAAUUUGGAGCUGGUACUUCAUUAUCAUCUAAUACUGAUAAUGAUAAACCUUCAGCUUCUGCUUUCAAGUUUUCUGUGCCAUCGGCUGACUCUUCAAAGCCAUCGACUGGAUUUUCUUUUGGUAGCAAUUCGGCUAGCACUAAUUCCAAUCCAUUUGGAGGUAGUAAUAGCUCGUCUUUUGGAUUUAGCUUCACUCCUCCCUCUGCGGACUCAUCGCAUCCUUCUCCAGACAAUGAUACUAAAAAGCAAGAUGAGGAUAAUGUCAAGGGAAAUUUUGCUGUAGUCAAGCUGACCGAAAAAGUUGAUGUUAAAACGGGUGAGGAGGAUGAAAAGGCUAUUUUCACCAAGAGGACAAAAUUGUCAAAGUUUAACCCGGAGAAUAAAGAAAAGCCAUACGAGACAGUGGGUGUUGGUGAACUUAAAGUGCUUGUGAAUGAUAAGACAAAGAAAUCACGUAUUUUAAUCAGAUCUGACGGUAAUGGCAAUGUGUUGCUGAAUGUCCUGAUAUUGAAGGAUCUUACAUUCUCGUUAAUAGGAUCAAAGAAAAAUAUUUUAAGAAUACCAACUGUGACUUCAGAUGGAAAGAUGGAAAUGUACAUCGCGCAGGUCAAGACUGGUGAUGAUGGUAGUGCUUUGUUGAAAAAGGUGCAGGAUUGUCAGAACUGA